ACUUGGUAGCCCUGGCGAUCAUCUGUUCGCGCACAAAAACAACAUCAGCUCCGCAAUGGGAUACUUGUGUAGCUUUGCACAAGCAAAGAUCGAAUGUGGCGUGUUUUAGUUGGAAAAAGAUGUGGAAGCUGUUAUCAGCAACAUUGACACUACUGCUACUUCUAGCGCUGCUUUCUGGCUUUGCGGCGUCCGAUUGCGGGUGCAAUAAGUUGAGAGAGACGAAAACCAAUACAAAGGAAGAGCAGCUUGAUUCAGAACAGGAUCAGGUAUGCCAGCAAAAUGCACGUAACAAAAACACACACUACCGCGACUAUUAUGCUGAAUUGGAGCCUGAAAUUGAGGGGAUGUCCCUUAUCCCCGGUGGAAGCUACCACAUUGGCACAGAUGAACCCCAUUUCCAGGCAGAUCGUGAAUCGCCGGAGCGUCUUGUUAAAUUGAAAGACUUCUACAUGGACAAAUACGAGGUGUCUAAUGCUAAAUUUGCCGAGUUUGUGGAAGCCACGAAGUACAACACCGAAGCUGAACGCUUUGGCGACAGCUUUCUCUUUAGAACUUUGUUAACGAAGGAGCAGCGGGCGCAGCUUGAAGAUUUUCGCGUUGCCGGUGCCCCCUGGUGGUAUAAGGUCAGUGGUGUGAGUUGGCGAAAUCCAAAUGGUCCCGAUAGCAGCAUAAAAGGUAUUGAACAGCACCCUGUUGUGCACGUGUCCUGGCACGAUGCGGUGGCCUAUUGCACUUGGGCUGGCAAGCGUCUACCAAGUGAGGCAGAAUGGGAGGUGGCCUGCCGCGGAGGUAAACGUGGCAAACUCUAUCCAUGGGGCAACAAAUUGAUGCCGAAGGAACAACAUUGGACCAACAUCUGGCAGGGUGAGUUUCCGGAUAGCAACUCCGCGGCGGAUGGCUAUGAGUUUACUUGUCCUGUGGACACGUUCCGUCAAAACAUCUACGACCUGUACAACAUUGUGGGCAACGUUUGGGAAUGGACUGCGGACCUGUGGCAGGAAGGCGAUACGAGCCCUAACCCGAAUCGUGUAAAGAAAGGUGGCUCUUACCUGUGCCAUCAAUCGUAUUGUUUUCGCUAUCGCUGUGCCGCACGUUCGCAAAACACUGACGACAGUUCGGCAGGCAAUUUGGGCUUUCGCUGCGCAAAAGAUGCAUAGGAUAGACCCAGAGGGGCUUGAAGCAAUUCAAUGUUUUAAUAAUUCUGAAAAGCAUUUUAUUGCUUGCUUUUACACUGGACCCCAAUUCCCUACUUUUUGUGAUUUUAAUAGUUCGUUCGGGAUUCCAAACAAAAAUAGAUUGAAAUUUUAGUCUUUACCAUAAAAUUAAAGCAUUAAGUUUAAGUAGAGAGUAAAUAGUAGCUCGUAUAUUUUUGAGGACAUUGUAACAUAUCAAUAUGUCGAUCUUCAUUUUUAGCAGAUGAAGUUCAUCUAAAAUAAAUACGCCACAUAAUUAUUUUAAA